AUGUUUCUUCUUCCCGGGGGCGAAGGGCUGGCAAGCGCCGCGGAGGGAGGACCCCUCCAGAAACAACCGCGAAAGGGCCGCGGGGCCGAGGACAGCCGCCGGAGACCGCUCCGGGCUAGAGCGGAGAAGCGAAAGCGAGGAAGGGAUGACAAGGACUCGCGGCGGAGAUUCCCGGGGCCCAUCGGCUGCCAACGCCCGGAUCCGAGCGAGCUCCGACGCGUAGCAGGGUCGGGUGCUGGUGUUCCCUCAUCACGCGCCUGCCGGCGAACCCUCAGCCGCCGCCGCCCCUUGGGUCCCUGGAGUCGGCGCCGAGGGCCGACUCCCUACGCCGCUGCUGCCGCCGCCGCCAGCGCCUCCUCCGCCCCUCCGCCUCCCGGGCUCCUCCCGCGGGGGCCGCGUCACCUCCCGGCCGCCCAGGCCAGGGCACGGCGAGCACCCCUCCCGAGCGCGACCUGUGGGCUGGGGGCGGGCGGGGAGGGGGGGUGGGGAGCGAGUUUUCGGGGGGGAGGGGUUGGAGAACGAGAGCCUGUGAGGGGGCGCCUGAGAAGUCGAGAGUCGGGGCGAAGAGUGAGCCUUGGUAGAUGGGGGCGCCCUGGGGGUCAGGUCGGGCGGUAA